AUGUACCUCACCUCGCUUUUUGAAGACCCGAACGAUGAGCCGGUUGAACGAGAAGAUGAUGAACCGCUCGAGUGUUUUGAGGGAUGGUUAUUGGUGACAGACACCGGCCCGACGCCCGGGAUGGCCCGGAAUGGGGGCAACGAUUUCCCCAGAUGGCAACGUGGGUAUUGCGUCGGACGUGCCGAUGAUUAUUCGUUGAUAUGUUACAAGAAUGAACAGUUGGCCCACACCAUCGCCCGUGACGUGCCAAGAACCCGCUUGGAUGGUGGCGUCAACAAGUUCAUCAAGUACUGGAAAUCUCAGGAAACCCGGCCCGACUACCAGCAAGCUUCAAAUAUCGGUACGGUCAGCCGUGCGCAGCGCAUGUUCAGCACCCUGAGUCGGAUGACGUCGCUCAAGGUUCAGGAAGAGGACAGGCUGAUGACCGACUACGCUCCGGAGCUCUCCCGAAAAUUUUCCAUUUCCACCAUGCGCAUCUCGAGGAAGAAAAGUGUCUACACUCCAAAGAUUGAGACCGGCAAGCUCGGUCUCCACUUUGACACGACUUGCUCAAAGCCCGAGCUUGAACCGUACGACUUCAGAAUCCCCAUUCGCUACCCCGAUGCUGAAGCAAAAGAAAAACUGUCGUGCGAUCAUCUGGAGUCCGCUAUGGUGGUAGAUGUCGAGGCGGAUCAGGAUUUUUAUCCUCAAAAGUUUCCGGAAUUCACGUACCAUGAGGAGAAUCGGCAGCUCGGCACGCCGAGGUCGAAAACGAUUCAAAAGGGGCUGUCCCGUUCUAAUUUCUUCACUUCCGCGUUGAGUGUACAAGUGGAUGCCACUAGUGAGACUGUAAAAUUGAUCGUUGUU